AUGUCAUUCAGAGGCGGCCGUGGCGGCGGUCGAGGCGGCGGCGGCGGUUUCAGAGGAGGACGAGGCGGGAGCUUCGCGCCCGCCGGCCCCCCCGCCGAGGUGCAGGAAAUGGGAAUCGUCGAACACGCCGUCGAGGGCGAAAUGUUUUGCCGCUCGUCAAACAUCAAGGUCCCCUACUUCAACGCCCCCAUCUACCUCGAAAACAAGACGCCCAUUGGCAAGGUCGACGAGGUCCUCGGGCCCAUAAACGAGGUCUUCUUCACGAUCAAGCCCCAGGAGGGCAUUGUGGCCACGAGCUUCAAGGCCGGCGACAAGGUCUUCAUCGGAGGCGACAAGCUGCUGCCCUUGGACAAGUUCCUGCCCAAGCCCAAGGUCGCCGGGGAGAAGAAGCCCAAACGAGCGGGUGGUGCUCGAGGUGGCCGCGGGGCACCCCGUGGUGGGGGUCGCGGCGGACGAGGAGGUUCGGGCUUCGGCGGUGGUCGGGGAGGUGGUCGCGGCGGCUUCUCAAGGGGCGGCGGCCGUGGUGGCGGUCGAGGUGGCGGCGGCUUCAGCAGCGGUAGGGGCGGCGGCCGUGGAGGAGGUGGUUUCCGGGGACGUGGGCGUGGCUUCUAA